UGCUGGAAAUCACAAGCGAACAGGGAAGCCGGGCCCUGAGGACUGGAUGUUGGGUUGAACAAAAUAAAACCAAACAGUUCACUAACAGACAGUUGACCUUUCCUCUCCUGCUGCUGUCGGUGUGACAAGAUGUUUAAAAAGCUUAAGCAGAAGAUAAAUGAGGAGCAGUCGCCGCAGAGGAAUGCGCAGGCAGCACAGCAGCAGGCCCAGAUGGGCAUUGGAGACCGGCGCAGCAGUCAGACCCCCCCUUUCCAUCAUGAUGGCUCCCCCUCUCCCAGUGACAGACAGAUGCUGGCCGGAAUGAUAGCAGAGCCCGCUUUUCUCUCUGAGUAUACUAUCUUUGCUCUGGACCAUUCAAAACAACCCAAAACGGCCCAGGUAGCCAGUGUGAAUGCCUCUAGAGGACCUGCAAGAUCUCCCAGAGGUAGCAUCAAUGGGGAUGGAAAUGCUUCUCCUAAUAAAGAGGACUCACAGUCAUUUGUACAGAAGCUGAAAGUUCCUUCAAUGGAGUCGCUGAUUCGUGGUGGUGCCAGUCGGGCCGAAAAUCUGUUCCGCUCCUCAUCCAAAGAAAACCUCGUUCGGAGCGCCUCACGUGAGUCGCUGACACCUUUGGGAGAAAACGAGCCCUCGGGGGGCCCCGCAUACGAUCCGCCCUCAGAUAUCGAGAGCGAAGCUGAGGAUCCACCAGGAAGUGCAGAGGCUCUUUCUAAAGAGCAGCUGUUGCACCGAUUACUUCAAGUGGAGAGGAGUUUGGGGAAGUACAGGGGGAAGUACUCGGAGCUGGUUACCGCGUACCGCACAGUACAGCGAGAAAAAGAGAAAACGCAGACCAUCCUCAGUCAGAGUCAAGAUAAAGCCCUGCGCAGGAUAGGGGAGCUUCGAGAGGAACUUCAAAUGGACCAGCAGGCCAAGAAACACCUCCAAGAUGAGUUUGAUGCUGCACUGGAGGAGAAGGACCAGAUGAUCACUGUCCUUCAAACACAAGUUGCCUUGUUCAAAAAGCAAGUAAAGGGAGUUUCUGAUGGUCCGCACCCCUCUGAGGGUGAUGCUCUUCAGUCUGAAGUGGCUUCAGAUUCUACCUCUGCUGCUCAGAGUCCAUCUAAAGAACAACGGCUGGAACCGGAGAUAGCUGAGGUAGAGGGCAACAGUGAUCCAGCCAGACUCAUUGAGGCGCUGCAGAAGAGGGUGAAGAGGCAAGAAAACUUGCUGCAGAAGUGCAAAGAAGUGAUGCGCACACACAAGGAGCAGAGCACGCAGCUGAGCAGUGAAAAUGAAGCUCUGCAGGAGCAGCUUCAGGAGAGACUUCAGGAGCUGGAGAAGAUGAAGGAUCUGCACACAACAGAAAAGACAAAGUUAAUCACUCAGCUGCGGGAUGCCAAGAAUCUCAUUGAGCAACUGGAGCAGGACAAGGGAAUGGUCAUUGCUGAAACCAAGUGGCAGAUGCACGAGACUCUGGAAAUGAAAGAAGAGGAGAUCGCACAGUGUCGCUCCAGACUCCAGCAGGCUGUGGCCCAGAAGGAAGAACUACAAGAACAGAAAGAAAAGGCGGAAAAAUCAGCAUUUGAAGAGCUUGAACGGGCUCUGGUUGUGGCUCAGAGGGCAGAGGAGGCCAGAAAACAGCUGCAAGUCCAGCUGGAGCAGCGAGUGAAAGAAGUGGAGAGGGCAAGUGAGGAGGAGAGGAAGAGUCUUCAGCAGGAGCUUACCAGAGUUAAACAGGAAGUUGUCACAAUCAUGAAGAAAUCUUCAGAGGAAACUGUGGCUAAUAUGGAGAAAACUCACAGUGAAGCUUUGGCUGCUAAAGAAGAGGAAAUGAAGGAAAGAGUCAGCAAAGCAGUGGAGCAAUGUAAAAAGGAGUUUGAGCAGUUAUCUAAGGAGCGAGAACAGCAGGCCUCUCUGGCUCUGGAGGAUGCAGAGUUACAGAAGAACGCUAUAAGGACAGAAGCUGAUAAUAAAGUGAAAGACAUACAGCUGGAACUGGAGGCUGCAAGAACUAGGAUUUUGGAGAUGGAAAGCUCUGUGAACAAAAUUUCAGAAGAUGAAUCCGGUUUGUCUCACGAACUUUCCAGUCCCCUGGAAGAGCUGAAGAUUAGCCACAAAGAGCAAAUCACUGCAUUAAAAGAAAAACAGGAGGAGCUGGAAAAGGACAAGGAUGCUUUGAUCCAGCAGCUUAAGGCUUCUCUAGAGGAUAUCAAGGAGAAACACAGAGUGGAAAUGGAGACCCUCCUGAAAGAUAAAGAGCUGCAGUUCCAGGUUCAUGUUGAAGACAUGAACCAGAAGACUUUAGAGAAACUGGAUAGGAAGCAGGCAGAGUUGGAGGUGCUUUCUGCUGAGCUUUCAGAGGUUUUCAACAGUAAGCAGAUUCUGGAGGAGAGGCUGGUGGCAGUUCAAGAGACUGCUAAGGUAGCUCAACAGAAAUAUGAGCAAAAGCUUCAAGAUCAGAUAUCAAAGCACAGCGUGGAGCUUGAAAAUAUCAAACAUGAACAUGAACAGUCUAUUGGAGGUAUAGAGAAAACCUUGAAGCAGGAGCUUAAUGCUCUCAAAAUUGUUCUUAGGGAAAAGGAUAAAGAGAUCAAAGACGUUUUUCUUAAAGAGAAAACUGUACAGGAGAAAGCACUUUCCACUGCACAAAACCUAGAAAUCAAGAUUAGGGAGAUUGAAGAGCUGGAGCAGAGUUUAUUGCAAACUCAACAAGAAAAUACAAGUUUAAAGGAAAUUAAUGCUCAGUUAAAUACGACCUCAGAGGACCUUGAUCAAUGUAAGAAGAGUUUGACAGAUCUGAAGGAUCAGUUGGAAGUAGCAAACAACAACCGUCAGGAAAAAGAGAACAUGCUCCAAGAAAUAAGGACGCAGUUAGAAGAAACCAAGAAGGAGCUCUUGGAAAAGGAGAAGACCUAUGCAGCAGAUCAGGAAAAACAUUUAGAGGAGCUGAAGUGCCUUAAGAAACAGCUGGAUGAUGACAAAGCAACUCAUGAAAUGUUGUUAAAAGACACUAUAUCUGAGAUGCAAGCAAAGGUGAACAAACAGGAAACAAAGAUGGAAAAGCUCAAGCAGAAGGCCAAAGAAAUGCAGGAGAACUUUAAGAAAAGGUUACAACAAGGUGAAGAAAAUAUGAAGAAGGAACUUGCCAAAAAGGAGGUGGAGCUUCAGCAGAAAGAGCAGCAAGUCCAAGAGAAAAUUGUGGAGAUGGCUCAGAAGAGUUCUCAGGGCCUCAGCAGUGCUGUAUCAGAGCUCCAGGCAAACCAUAAGGAAGAGCUAGAGAAACUGCACACAGUACGUAAGCAAGAGAUGGAGGCACUGGGGCAUCGCUGGCAAGAGAAGCUUGCACAGCAGGAGGAAGAACUAACAGAGAAACAUUCACUCACCCUCCAGGACAAGGCUCAGGAACUGGAGGAAACAUCUCUGCAGCUCACCAGAAGCUGUGCGGAGUACCAGCAAGUGUCACAAGAAUUAAAAAAUCUAAAGGAGGACCUGGCAAUCCGUGAAACUACUGUGCAGAAGCUGCAGGAGGAACUUAACGAAGCAGCAGUUAAACUUGAAAGUUUGUCUCAGGGAGAAGCGUUGCUGAAGGAGCAAAUGGAGUUGACAGAGCGAAACCUGAACCAGGCUCUGAAUGAGAGAAACACCCUUCAAGAAGAGCUGAAGACUGCAAAGGAAGAAGGUAGAGUGAGCAAAUCGGCUCUGUCCGAUAAGUUAAAUGAAACCGAGAAACUGCUUGAAGCAUUGGAAAGUUUCAGAAUAACAGACGCUAAAGAUAUGGAGAGUAAAAUUGAGCAAACUUCCACACAACUACAAGCCAAGGAAGCUGAAUUCCAGCAGCAUUUAAAUAUGAUCAUCAACAAAAUGGACCGAUACUGUAAGGAGGUUCAGUCUAAAUUAGAGUGUUCCUCUGAUGAACUCCAACAGCGGGUUGAAAGUCGCAUGAAAGAGCUGAAUGAUAGACUGCUGUGUAGUCAGGGGAACGUGGGGCGCUUACAAAGCAUUGUCCGUACUAAGUUGGGUAGAAUUUGCACUUUAGAGGAGAAUCUCCUUCAGCACACAGAGGAGAACAAGAAUCUAUGCAAUUCAUUAGAACACAUGACAGCUCAGGUAGAGUCUCACAUGGAGCAUAUCAAAGCCUUAACACGAGAGAAAGAGAACAGCUCUCUUUCAAUCAGCGAACAGCUUCAGAAAAUGGAGGAGCUGAGCGAAACAAACAUAAUCAUGUCAGAAAGUUUGAAAACGAAUGAGCUGUUCAUCACCGACUUGAAAAAUCAGCUUGCAAGUAGCAUGGAAGACAAGGAGGAAGCCAUAAAUAAGCUGAAGGAGCAGUAUGAAAAGGAGAGACAAGACAGCAUGGAGAGAUUAGAGCAGGAGUGGAAGGCUGCAGUGGAGCAGGCCAAUGCACUCAGGAUCAGCUUAAUGGAGCAAGAGAAGAACGCCAAGACAAUUGCCAGCAAGGAUGACGACACAAUUAAAUCUCUGCACAUGAGGCUUGAAGAGCUGGAGAAAGAAAUCUCGGAAAAGAACAAAGCUCUACAAAGAUUGUCGGCAAAGAUUGACAAUCAAUCCAUCAGCAAGUCUGAGAUGGACCAGGUGUUAAGUGAAAAAGAGCAGAAAGUCUGUGACCUUACGACAGAGCUCGAUGGCUGCAUCAGCCGACUUUCUGAGCUUCAGGAGCAGUUUGAGGUAAAGACCAAAGAGUGCGAGCAGCUUGCAUCUGAGCUCAAACGGCAGCACAUCAGCAGGGAGAAUGAAAAGAAAGAGUUGAUGGAGAAGCUGCAGCAGGUCCAGACGCAGUGCUCUCAGAACGGUAAUUUAGAACAAGAGUUGGGAGAAAAACUGAGCUCCCUUGAGGAGGAGAACAAAAAGUGUAAACUUGUGCUUGAAAGUCAAAGAGAGGAAUUUGAAAGGAUGAAAGAUGAGAUUAACAUGAGCAAGGAGGAGAGUCUCAAAGCAACUGAAGAGAGGUUAUCUGCAGAGAGUACUCUAAAGAUAUCAGAGCUGAAGAAGAAAGCUGAGCAGAAAAUUAGUCAGAUUAGAAAACAGCUGACAGCACAGCUUGAGGAGAAAGAGCAGACAAUUAAGUCUCUCCAGGGUAGCCUGGAGGAAAACAGGAGCAACGAGACUCUGGGCAAAAAGCAAAUGGAGACAUUAGAGGAGAAAACAAAAUUGCUCGAAGAAGCUCUUGUCAGGCUUAGAGAAGAGCAGGAGAAGAACCUUGAACAGAUUCUGAGUAAUGAGAGGCUUGAGAAAGAAAAGUCUCUAGAAGAGCUGAGAGGUGCAUAUGAAGAGAAACUGAUGUCACUUCAGAAGGAGGCUGCGCAACAGGUGGAGCUCAGAGUAACUGAAACAGAGAUGCAUGAACACCAGGCAAAGCUAAAAGAAGCAGAAGAGCAAAUCGAAAACCUCCUCACAGAAAUAAACCGUCUCAAAGCAGAAAUAAGUGAAAAAGAUGCCCAGCUCUGUCAGAGUCAGAUGACUCCUCCUGAUAGGGUCCAGAGUUCCUCAGAGCUCGAGGCCGUGGUCAAGGUGGAGUCUAGCAACUUGCAGCAAGCUACGAGUGUGAUGGAAAAUGAGGCAGCAAAUCACUCUCCUAUGCAACAAGUGGGAGAUGUUGAUGUUAAUUGUUUGCAAAGUUUUGAAAACGAACUGAGCCAGAUGAAGAACGAGAAAGAAAAGAUCCAGAAGGAAUUCACCAGGUUACAGAAAGACAUGAGACAGCUGAGGAAGGAGCAUGAACAUGACCUGGAGUAUGUGAAGAAAGAGCUGCUAGAGGAGAAUGAGAAAAGGCUAAAACUGGAGUUGGAAGACAUGGAAAUGAAGCAAAACUCUGCUAUAAAGCAGUUAAUGAGGGAGUUCAAUACACAAAUGGCUUUAAAAGAGAGGGAGCUCGACUCCACUGUGAAAGAGACCAUAGCCAAGGCCCAGGCUGUCGAAGCCGAGCUCAUCAGUAGCCAUCGAGAUGAAGCCAGCCAGCUGAGAAAGGUGAUUUCACAGAAGGAUGAAGAUUUGCAAAGAACUGUGCAGAAAUAUGAGCAGGUUAUACAGAGUCGAGAGGAAGAGAUGGGAGACAGAGUUUGGCAGGUUCAGAAACAGCUAGAAGAGCUUCAGUCACACUGCGAGAGCACUGCAGAGAUGACCCCUGAAGACCUGAAGGCUCAGCUCGCUGAGAAGACAACUCUUUUGAGCGAGGCUCGGCUGAAGGAGCAGGAGUUUGUUGAGAGGAUUCACUCUCUUGAAGACAAGAUUAAAUUUCUCCACCGCAGCAGUGUUGUAACUCAUCUUGGUGGGACAUUCAAAGAUCCUGGAAUAAAUACCUCUGAUACUCUGUCAGAGUCUACAGAGAUGGAGUACCUGAGGAAGGUGCUGUUUGAAUACAUGAUGGGACGAGAAACAAAAACGAUGGCCAAAGUGAUCACCUCUAUGCUCAAGUUUUCUCCAGACCAAGCGCAAAAGGUUUUGGACAAAGAAGACUCCAAACCAAUUCCUUGGCUACGAUGAGAGUUCAUUUGAUUUUGGAACUUCAUGAUGAAGAUCUGCUGCUGAAAGGGAAGAGAGCCAUGGAUUAUUUGAAGUCCUUCCCAGUUUCAUGUUUUAGUGUGUGUGUGUGUGUGUGUGUGUGUGUGUGUGUGAAAAUCCAUUUAAAGGUAUGAGGGAAUAAAGAAUUUUUGAUGUAAACACAAAUCUUCCAUUAUCCGGUUCUACUUCAAAAUUAAGUUUAAUUUAUGUUUUAAAUAAUGUUUUGGGUUAUUUUAGGAUGUUUAUAAGAAAAAAGGCUUGUGCAAUAAAUAAUAUUACACACUAAUGCUGACAGUCACUUGAUUUAUAAGUUCCUGUGUAGUUCCUUUGUCUGAUUUGCUUCCUCUGUAAAACUGUAAACGACCCUUUAACUGUGUACUCGCACCAUAUGACGAUACGGGAACUGGUUUGUUCAAUGCAGCUUUUAUACGCUUUAUAUUUUGACACUGACUGAGAAACUUCAAAACUCCACAAGGGUGAAUUGUAUAAUAUAAAGAAAGACUGUAAUAUAGGGCACAUGACUUUGCUUUACAUUUUGAGGCUAACGAAUUAAAUCUUAUUUACAAAUUA